AGAAUGUGUUAUGGUUGAUAUUAAUAAAGAAAGUGCUUUUACAAGGCGAUUUGGUUGUUCAAAAUGCAUUGAAGAAUCAAUAAAAUCAAAAAUAGAUAAGUUUGAUUAGAUCAAAAGUUUGGAAUCUUUUUGGGCAUUAUGGGAAGUAAUUUCUAAAGAUAACAAAAGUCUUAUUUAGGAAACUAUCAAAAAAAUGGAUGAGCAUACUAAAAGUUUAUCAACAUUCAACAAUAUUAUACUAACUAGUAUAGUUGAAGUAACUCAUUUCUUUUAACAAAAAUUAUUAGACUAAUUAAAGGUUUUUGAUGUAGAACCUCAAUAUUUAACAGAAAAGGACUUAUAUUAAAUAGCAGAGAAUCUAUCUAAUAAAAAGGAUUAUUUGGAUAAUUUUAAAAGUUAAUAAGAAGAUUAUUACAUUUCAUAUUUAAGAGAGAUUUAAAAUAUAUUGGAUUAAAAUAACAUUACAAUAAUUUAGAAGGUAAAAAAACACAAUUUAAGUCUUGCUCAUCAGUAAAUUAACAUAAAAAUUACACUUCAUAAAAAGUCAUUUUUUUUUUCUAAAUAAAAAGGAAUAAUUGGUAUAUUAAUAAGUUUUUGUAUAAUAACAAUGAUUAAUUCUAAUUUAUCAAUAGAAUAGAUUUAUUAAACUUUAAAAUGUAAUCAAAAAAUUAUCAAAAGUGAGAAUGAAGUUAAUUCAUAUUCUAAUGAGUCUUUAUCGAUAGAUUAUAUUAGUUAAACUUUAAAAACUAAUCAAAAAAUUAUCAAAAAUGAGAAAGAAGUUAAUGAAUUUUCUUAUUAGCUUAUGUAAUCAAAUAUAUAAGAAAUAAAACUACGUUGUUAAUUAUUUGCUUUUAAUACAAACAAUACAAUAAUGAUAGCUGGUUGCGAAAAAUAGAUUUAAGUAUUUUAAUUCGCUGAUGGAAAUCUAUAUUCUAGAUAAACUAUCAGUUCUCAUAAUCAUAAUCUUACCGCUUUAUACCAUAUGAAGAAUUCCGAAUAAUUUGUAUCAGGUGAUAUGGAUGGGACAAUUCUGAUUUUUAAAUACAAUUCGACCAAAAACAAAUGGGAAUAGUAAUUAAGAAAAGAAAAAUAUCAUAAAGGUAGAAUAAACAAAAUCAUAAUGAAUAAUAAUGAGAAUCUCAUUAUUACAGGCGGCAAUGAUAGCUCUAUCAUGUUUUUGAAGUUUGAAAAAGAUAUUCAGAAUUAAUAAAAAGUCUUUUAAUUGAAGAGUUAGGUAUUAAAUCUUAUUUUGAAUGAAGUCGAAGAUGAAUUAAUUUCCUCUGAUAAUGAGGGAACUAUAUAUGUGAUAAAAAAACUCUAUUAAGACAAUUGGAAUGUAAGCUAAAAUAUUAUUACAAAUCCUGGAUUUAAAUUAACUUUUAUCGAUACUAAUUAAUUUGUUUAUCAAUCAAACAAAGGAGAUCUGUAAGUUUUUAAACUGCAUGAUGGUAAAUACAAGUAAAUUUAAACUCUUGAUUUGAAAGGAGAAGGAAAUUAAAAUAUUUGCCAUAUCCCUUAAGUUUUUAUCAAAUAGAAAUCCAUACUGAUCAGUAUCAAUUAUAAAUAAAUAAAUAUUAUAAAGAAGAACUAGAAUGGAGAUCUUGAAAUUUCUAAAUCAAUUGAGCUUUCAAAAAAUCCUGUCUAUGGUGGGUUAAGCAACAAUGGAUAAUAUUUAAUUACUUUGGACGAAAAAGAUUAGGGGCAAUUACAAUAAUUUGUUUAGUAAAAUUGA